UGGUGUUGUCACGCGCGUGUAUAUAGACGGCCGUGAGUGCGUGCAAACGUGCGUGCGUGCGUGUGCCACAUUCCACACGGGGUAGGGCUCAUCGCCGGAUGCGCGCCCAUCGUAAAUCCCGGUGCGCUUAAACUGCGGCCUUUGUGGUGGACCGGGCGCGGAUAUUUUUCUUUGCACUAGAAGCUGAAAUCGUGCUCGCCACAGGAGAAAGACGCGCGAGUUGCCAAGGCUGUGCGAACUUCUCAGAUCGGCUCGUCUGUGUGUGCGUGCGUGCGCGCGCGUGCUGUGCGUGCUGACGGCGAUAGCAUGGUAAACACAUAAUACGGAGUGAUUUCCACGAUAAGCUCUCACAUCGUCCCGUGAACAGACGCGUCGUGUGUGAGAUGGAUGCAUCACAACUAGUCCUACAGCAGCAAUCAUCGUACAAAGUGUGGGGGGAGGAAAGAGUCGAGGGCGCCGUGUACGUGGUUUACCUGAAGAAGGUGCGCUAUCACUGCUCGGCAGCCGUGCUACAGGAGCGUGGCGAGGAGGACGUAUCGCACCUGCAAUGGGAGACGCUGAAGCUACGCAGCGUCAAGUGCGCGACGCUGGAGAGAAUCGUCGAGAGCCUCACGACGGAGUCCGGUGACGUAGACUCCUCCUUCAUCAGCGUCUUCUUCGCUACCUAUCGGUCGUUCUCGACACCAAGACACAUCCUCAAUCUGAUCAUAGACAGGUACCGUCACCUGGACAAAGAUCUAGACAUCAGGCAGGACCUCCGAGAGAAAAUACAAAAGUCCGUCCGCAGCGCUAUCGGUGCCUGGCUGGAUGGCUACAGCGAGGACUUCAACGUUCGGCCGGACUUCGCCUGCCUGCACGCGCUCCGCUACUUCGCCGAGCACGAGUUGCCGGGAGAAGACAUCACAGAAAAGUGCCGCCUCAAGCUGGACACGUUCACGCGCCAGCCGCUAGAUGGCGACUGCGGCGCGGAUAACGUUAGCGACGUAACGAUCGACGCGCGUGUCGUGGACGACGACAGUUCGACGACGCAGCCGACAGAGUGGUCGUCGUUCAUGGAGAUUCCAUGUAAACACUUCGCCGAGCAGCUUACAUACACGGAUGCGCAACUCUUCCGCCGCGUCAUCGCGCACCACUGCCUCGGAUACCUCUGGUCCAGAAGACUGAAAGGUGGCGACGAAGCGCCAUCUAUACGAGCCACCGUCGACCAAUUCAACGCGGUUAUUUACAGAGUGAUAUCGACGGUGCUGCAGUCGUCAUCGUCAUCGUCAUCGUCAUCGUUGUCGUCGUCGCAUCACGUGAAGCCUGGAGAGCGAGCAAAGGUCGUGUCGCGAUGGAUCGAGGCGGCGCAGGAGUUGCGUCUGCUUAAGAACUUCUCCUCGCUCAAGGCCAUCGUGUCCGGACUGCAGUCGAACGCCGUGCAUCGGCUGAAGCGCGUCUGGCUAGCCGUGCCGAGAGAAACCUACAUGCUGUUUCAAGAAUUGUCGGCCAUAUGUUCCGAAGAUAACAACCAGAUGGCGUCGCGAGAGUUGCUCAUGAAGGAGGGAACGGCGAAAUUCGCAGACGAGAAUGGAUCUCAAAAUGGCAAACAAAUGCGGAAACUCAUAAUGAACAGAAAGUCCUCUUCAAACGAACUGGCGUCGAUCCAGGGCACGGUGCCGUACCUAGGCACGUUCCUCACGGACCUGGCGAUGAUCGACGCAGCCUUCCCGGACAUCGUCGACGGCGGCAUGAUCAACUUCGAGAAGCGACGCAAGGAGUUCGAGGUGCUGGCGCAGAUCAAGCUGCUGCAGUCUGCCGCCAACAUGUACACGAUGCGGCGCGACGCUCGCUUCCGACGCUGGUGGAACUCCGUACCGCUGCUGUCCGAGGACGAAAGCUUCGAGACGUCGUGUCACAUCGAGCCGCCCGCGCCGACAUCCAACACGAAGGACGCGCGCUCGCGCAAACGCCUCAACUUCCAGUUCAUGACGAUGGGCUACGGACAUCAGCGGCAGUUCAGCGACUCCGGCAUCUCACUGCAGUCGUUCGCGCCGUCCGACAGCCUGUGCGACGGAGACAAGAUGAGCGUCGGCAGUGGCAAGAACUCGUCCGACUCCGCGCAGAGCUCGCCUCAGGACGAAAGUCUUUGUCUCUGUCGUGCAAUUCUUCGAUGACGUCGUUGGAGCCGGAUAAAGUGACGUCACCGUAUAAGUUUGCCGAUUCCUGUGUGAUACGAGUCAGCUAUGACGAUGAGAAAAUAGC